AGAAAAUGUUAAUGUUGUUGAAGGUCGAUUCCAUUUGAACAACAACUCUCGGAGAUUGUGGAUUUCAAAAUUAGCGCAAAACUUACUGGCGCUGAGCAUAAAGUUCCGAUUCAUCUUCAAACUUCAGGGUUAAGGUUGUCUUUUGGAUAGUCUUAGUAGAAAGGAUGUUAGUUUCAAAAUUGAGAACCUUGUUAAACCAAUCAUUAGCUACCAAUCAAGUGAACCAAAUUCAUGCAAUUGUGGUGGUCAAUGGGCUUAAUCAUCUAGAGCCCCUUUUGCUGCAGCAAGUUCUUCUAUCUGCUAAGUCUUUUCCAAAAAGGACUUCUCAAUACAUUAAAACAAUUCUUCUAAAUAUGCAGAAACCAGAUGCUUUCUCUUGGUCUUGUACAAUUAGAUUCUUCUGCAAGAAGAAUCAAUACAGGGAAGCUCUCUCCUUGUUUGUGACAAUGCGAUUCUUGGGAUUGUCCAUUAGCACUUAUUCCUUUUGUUCAGCUCUUAAAGCUUGUGCUGAGAUAGGUCACAAGGCUGUUGGGUUUAUGAUCCAUUCUCAAGCACAAAAAUAUGGGUUAUUUGAAGACGUUUAUGUGAAGACAGCUUUUGUUGAUUUUUACUCUAAGAUGGGAAACAUGAAGAUUGCACGUGAUUUGUUUGACGAAAUGGGUGAAAGAAAUGUUGUUUCUUGGAACUCUCUUAUAUCGGGUUAUAUAAGAUCAGGCGAAAUCGAAAAGGCUCGAUAUCUAUUCGAUGAAAUGCCGAACAAGGAUUCUAUUUCUUGGAAUACAAUGAUGUCUGGUUAUUGGAGAACGAGGGAUGUCGAGAAAGCAUGUUCACUCUUCGAUCGAAUGCCCGAGAAAACCAUCGCGUCGUGGAACGCGAUGAUAAGCGGGUAUUUAGAUUCCGGGCAGAUAAAAUCAGCCCGUAACUAUUUCGAUAGUAUGCCCGAGAGAAAUAAUAUUACAUGGAUGACAAUGAUUUCCGGGUAUUCAAAAUGUGGAGAGGUCGAGUCUGCCCGGAAUCUUUUCGAUCUUGCGUGUGAGAAUUGCCCAAACGAUUUACUCGUAUACAAUGCUAUGAUAUCUUGUUACGCUCAAAAUGGGCGAUCCAAACAAGCUGUUAACUUGUUCGACCAGAUGAUUAAAUCGGAUGUAAAUAUUUAUCCCGAUAAAAUGACACUCGCGAGCGUUAUCAGCGCUUGUUCGCAGUUAGGAGACCUUAUUUACGGUUCUUGGGUGGAAUCAUAUAUGGAAAAGAACGGGAUGAUCAUGGACGAUCAUUUAGCUACUGCAUUCAUCGAUCUUUAUGCUAAAUGCGGAAAUAUCGAUAAAGCCUACGAACUAUUCCGUACUUUGCGAAAAAAGGACGUAGUUUCUUAUACCGCCUUGAUUUUGGGUUGCGGGAUCAACGGAAGAGCAGAUGAUGCUAUCCGAUUAUUUAAAGAAAUGGAAACUUGUAAGAUUAACCCGAAUUCAAUUACAUUUAUGGGGAUAUUAACUGCGUAUAACCACUUUGGUUUAGUUGAAGAAGGUUAUGGAUGUUUUAACUUAAUGGAAAAGUAUAACCUUGUUCCUUCGGCGGAUCAUUAUGCGAUUGUGGUUGAUUUGUUAGGGCGAGCUGGGCGAGUUAAGGAUGCAUAUGAGUUGGUAAAAAGGAUGCCGGUUAAGGCUCAUAGUGGCGUUUGGGGAUCUUUGCUUUCGGGUUGUAACAUGCAUAAUGAUGUCGAGAUUGGUGAAAUUGCGGCGAAGAAAUGUAUUGAAUUGGAGAGUGAUUCAAGUGGCUAUUGCUCAUUGUUAGCUAACAUAUAUGCUAAUUCAGGGAGGUGGGAUGAUGCUAAGAGUGUUAGAAUGUUUAUACAAGAUAAGGGGAUUUCUAAAAUUCCUGGUUGUAGUUGGAUGGAAUAGAGAAAGCUUAAAGUUUGUAAAAAUUACCUGAAAGAGAGUCUCAUCUCUUUCACGAUUUUUUAAUUUAGUGCAAAUGUUUUCAACGAGAAUUGAACCAGAUAUCUCAACAUUUUAAGGAUCAGUGAUGCGACGGUGUUCAAAUGUGUACAUACAAAUGAUGUUCGAAGGAGUUGACAAAUCAAUGGAAGAAAGAAGAAUAGAAGAACAAAGGUUAAGAUACUCAACACAAAACUCUGCAAACUGUCUAGAAACACUCAGAAUUCUAAAAUAGGUGGAUCCUAAUCAGAAUUAUAGUUAUCGCUAGCAGUUCUUAAGUGUUUAAUAUCAAAUCAUUUUAGCCUUAAGAUUAGGAGUUAUCAAAAAAAAUUGGUUGUAAAUUUUGUCUAAGUAUUUUAAAUAUUGU